GUAGCCAUAAUGCCCAAGUUCUCACGGUACGGCAGUCAAUUUGUGCUUUUCUCUUAGCAUGACUUUAGUUCAAGUCAAGACAAACCAUCGAUUUUUAAGAGCUAUUGUUCACUUUUUACAAUAAACAGGUGCCAGUUGAUAAUACGUAAGUCUAUCCUCAAAAUCUUCUGUUCUCUGUUUAGGAGUGAUGAUAGACUGUUAAUUUCAGCACAUUUAACGGGGGAUCAUAAAAACGUCUGUUUGUCUGCAUGUCUGUCUGUCUAGCAAUUAUCUGAGUUGUUUUCCCUACGUUCAGUGUGUGUGUGUGUGUGUGUGUGUGUUAGUAGUGGCGGUUGCCAUGGUGACAGGGACGCGAGGAGGCAGGUUGUGAAGAUAACAAUGUUUUCCUCUUCGUCGAACCACAACAAAAGCCUGUGUGAUUCGAUUCGUGCUGUGAAUGUUGACAAAGGACGGUAAUAACAGCAAAAGAGGACAAUCCAUAAUCUGAUCACGUGAAAAAAAUAAAAUAAAUAAAUAAAUAAAAAGUAUGGACAGCCAUGAGAAACAAGAUUAACGAGAAUACGACCUUGAGCGUUAGGUUUUGGCGAGGAGGAAAUAUUGAAUUGAAAUAUCCGCGAAGGAGAUAACAGCAGGAAAGAGAUGCGAUGGCGGAUCCACAGACCGACUGGCUGACGUGUGGGGAGCGCCGCAGCCGAGCCCAGCGGGUGGCGGAGGUGGUGGCCCAGCGGGAGGAGGAGAUGCGGCAGCAGCUCCAUCUCCGCCGCUGCAGAAAUGCUAGAGGAGGAGAAAGCCAGACACCGCCAGGAACUGCAGCAGCGCUUUGCCAAGAUCUACGAACAGCAGAAGGCGGCGCGAAUGGAGGCUGUGGAGCAUGAACGGGCGAGGCGGGAGGAAGAGAGGCGGCAGCAGGUGUCCAAGUUUGAUGAGCUGCGCCUUCGUCAGCAGCGUCACGUCUACAGGGAGGAGUACUCGAGACAGCUGCAAGAGUACCUCAACCAGACACGCCACCUCGAGAUACAGCUGAGGAAUCACCUGAGGGAGAAAUACGGCCCCCCUCCUCCCCCAGGCCGCAGACAAAUUCCCACAACCUUCACCCCCACAGCCAUCACCGCCACUAACAACAGUUCCAGCGAUGACCACAGCCGCAGCACGAGGGAGGAGCACGUCGGGAUGUGGUGGUGACGUCUUCAGUGUGUGACUCAAUAAAGCAAAAGCAUGUUCACAUAAUGAUUCUUUAUUGUUUCAAAAGAACGCACGGCGGCGGAGUAACACGACUGUCUUGCAUGGGAAUGAUGUACAAGUUUAUAUAAAGUACUUGUGUGAAUAUUGAACUUAAAAUGGAGACUCUUUCCUUGUGACGUCAUGAUACAAACAGGUGGUGACGUACCUUGAGUCAUACGUGAUGUGACGUAACAUAAUGGUGGUGAUGAUGAAUUGCCCGCAAUGUACAGUAGUGUAUCGCAGUGGUGACACUGUGCUCGCCUGCUGUCAUGUCAGGCGCUAUUAUAACGCGUGUCACAGCCGGCUCAUGGCAGGCCUCCUCAAGGAUUGCAGGAACUAUAUUUAACAGUAACAAUAAUGAAAAUGAAGUAAAAUAAAAAGCUCCAGACU